AGUCAUGCGAGAUCAUUACUAGUUGACAGUCAAACAUUGGAUCUAUAAGUACAAAUCGAAAUUGCAGGGUCUUGCGCCACGAGCUAAUUAAUUCCUAGUGUCUUUUACAUAUUUAUAUUUAUAAAUUUUUUAAAGAAGAAAUAUACUACAGUUUUAAUUGACAAAAUGAUAUCGCGUUAUUUGUUAGAAGAUGGUAGCGACGAGGAAGCUACUCGUGAAUCACCAGAAGGUAGUAAUAAUAAUGAAGAAGCUAGUCGUGAAUCUCCAGAAAGUGAAAAAGAUACUCGUGAUCCUCCAGAAGGUGAAGAAGAUACUCGUGAUUCUCCAGAAGGUACAGAAGCUACUCGUGACUCACCAGACGGUGGUGAUGAUGAAGCUGCUUAUCAAUAUCAAAAUAAGGCAUUUCGCGAAGAAAACACUGAUAAUUCUCAAAGAGAUAAAAGAAGUGAUAGAGAAGCAGCUGAUGAUGAUGGUGAUGGUUCACCCAAAGAUACUUAUAGACAAAAAUUCAUGAUUAAUUACAUUCAAAAAACUAUCAGUGUCGAUCAAAAAGACAUUUUAGAUGAUGAAGAAGCUACUGAGGAUAAUGCAAUGUUUGAUAAGUGUGAUCUAAUUGAACCCUGGUUAAAACGUCUUAAUAUCGAAUCUGGUUCAGAAAAUCAAAAUAAUCAAACAGAUUUAGACUCUAUAAUUGAGAAAAAUUUGAACUCACUGGAUUAUAAUAGAGAAGGUUAUAGCGAAAUUUUAGGGGUUGAAAGUCGACCGGUAACUCCUGAUAUUUUUCCUCAAGUUGAUGAUCAAUUUAGAUACAAUUCACCAGGCCCUUCAUCUUCUUCUUCUUAACAUAUUACUGCAAAUUAGAAUAUUUAUCAAGGAAAUUUUAAACAACAUACUAGCCAGCAUGCAGUUUGAAUUCUGUGAGAGGAUACAAAUUAUUUAUUCAUAUUUUAUUGAUUUGAGGCAGCUAGAAGAUGCGGAUCAGUUCUACGUUUACAUUGUUUGGACAUGAUUUUUCAAUUAGACGAUGUUAUUAAGCUGAUCAGGUAUAUUUUUGUUUGUCUUGCAUUCCGGGAUUUUGAAGAUAAAAUAAUUGACUGUAAUCGUAAAAUAUAAUUAUAAUGUAUUUAUUUAUUUA